CUCCUCCUCCUCCUCCUCCUGCUCUUCUUUAACCAGGCAUGGCUCCUCGCCUCUGGUGACUUCAUCCCCUCCACAAGAAUGUCCGGCUGCCUCUUCGCCUUCUUUCCCACACUCUCUUCGGGGUCGAACCUAUUCCGUCUCCAAAGGCUUUGCUGAUGCACCCUUGCAACCAUUCGCCUGCAGCUCAAAUCCCAUCCUAAAUUUCCUUCUUUGUCCGCCACAACUUCCGACCCUCGCUACAACCACCAUUCACUUCCCUCUCAUCACCACCUAACCGUCCCGCUCCUUCUACUUAGCUUCAUUCUUCGCAUAGGCAAACCCUUCGAGUCCCGGUCCGGUCUUUUCAGGUACUUGUGCCUUUUAUAUCUUCUCUGUAUCUCCAUCCUACCUCACGCCUUCCUUCCUGCCCCAUUAUCAUUCUCCCAACAUACUUUCAUUCCAACUGUUGGCACUCGCCAUGCUACAACACAGUGCUGACCUGCAUUAGCGUAUUUAGUGUUUGGUCUUCUUGUUCGAACGUCUGUCAAUUCCUGUGAAGCACCUUGUCCAAAUAUGGCCAGCAACCCAUCAGAACCCAAGAGCCCCUCACGUGACUUUUCUGGACCAAUCGACGUCAGCUCAAGUAUGAGCCCGACCGAGGAGAAGGGGGUUCCCUCAACCACCCCUAGUCCAGGAACUUCGUACUUUUCGAUCCCAAAGGAGAGUGAUCCUAAGGCUUCGGCGGCGGUAUCGUCCCCGGUAGAAGUCGCGAAAGGCGCUCGUUCCGGUAAAGACUUGCUCCGUCGGCUGAGCCUAGUCGAUUCCUCUGGCCUCGACACCCUCGACCUCGAUCCUCGCACCUCCCAUCCUGGCCUUCGUCUCAGUGGCAAUAUCAUCAGCGCCACCUUCUGCAUCCCCUACCAGCUUUGCUACGGCGCAAAAGGGCAAUGGAGCUUGUCCCAACGACAUGGCACAUCCGCCCUUUUUGACUCUUUCGCCUACCUAGCUUCCGAUAAAAGUCCUUGGAACCACACCUUGGUAGGCUGGACCGGCGAAAUUCAAACCGCUCCUUAUGCGCGCUCCGCUAGCAUCAUCACCUCUGAUGCGGUCGCUAGCAAUCCGGCCACUUCCCCUCCCACCAAUGGCUCCUCCGUGCCAGUCAACAAGUCAACCGCUCCUUACCCCGUUAAUGGGAGCUACCACGCCCAGCGAGAACCACACUCAGACCAUCUCCGCAUCUCCCACGCCGACAGAGAUCGGGUAGAGAAACUUUUGUCCGUUCAGUCGACGGGCAAGAUCCUACCCAUCUUCCUUGGCGAUGCUCCAGAUGGCGAAGACGGUGACAUGCUGUUCAAGAACCAAAGUCGCUGGCGUCGCUACGCUGAGCAUGAACUCUACACGCUCUUCCACUAUCGUCAACACGGCCCUGACGAUGGAAGGGCCGAAAAGGUCUCAUGGGCCGACUAUGUGCACAUGAAUCAAACCUUUGCCGAUCGCAUCUUGCACGUCUAUCAACCGGGCGAUGUUGUUUGGAUCCAUGAUUACCAUCUAAUGCUACUGCCAAGCAUGCUUCGUCAGCGCAUCCCCAACAUUUACGUUGGUUUCUUCCUCCAUAUCCCCUUUCCCAGCAGCGAGUACAUGCGAUGUCUUCCCAGGAGAAAAGAGGUUCUGACCGGCGCGCUGGGAUCCACCAUGAUCGGGUUCCAAGCGUUUAGCUUCUCCAGACAUUUCAAUUCUUGCUGUAAACGCAUCCUUUCCUUCGAGUCCAGUUCUGCGGGAGUGGAUGCAUAUGGCGCCCACGUCGCAGUUGACGUCUUCCCCAUCGGCAUCGACGUUGCUGCUGUCCAGAGGCAGGCUUUCCAGGAUCCCGUCAUCGAACAAAAUAUGGCCGCUCUGAGGAAACUCUAUGCCGGCAAGAAGAUUAUUGUUGGCCGUGAUCGACUCGAUACCGUUCGUGGCGUCUCUCAGAAGCUCAUGGCUUUUGAGAUCUUCCUGGAGCGCUAUCCUGAGUGGCGGGAAAAGGUAGUUCUUAUCCAAGUCACCAGCCCUACCAGCGUCUUAGAGGAUAAGGUCGACGGUGCCCAUAAGGUGGAGCUCAAGAUUUCCAACCUCAUUUCUAGGAUCAACGGCGAGUAUGGCCACCUCAACUAUUCACCUGUUCAACAUUAUCCUCAAUACCUUUCGUCCCAAGAAUAUUUCGCCCUUCUUCGGGUGGCCGAUGUCGGAUUGAUAACCAGCGUUCGCGAUGGCAUGAACACUACCAGUUUGGAAUAUAUCAUUUGCCAAAAAGAGAACUGCGGCCCAUUGAUCUUGUCCGAAUUUUCUGGAACCGCAGCGAGCUUGGGAAAUGCCAUCCACAUUAAUCCCUGGGACCUAGGCGGCGUCGCUGAGGCUCUCAAACAAGCCCUCGAAAUGCCCGAGGCCGCGAGAAAAAGCGACCAUGAAAAAAUGUAUAACUAUGUGACUACUCACACUGUGUCUUUCUGGGCCAACCAAUUCCUCAAACGGCUGUUGACCAACCUAACUUCCUUUACACAAAGCGACCUGACCCCAGCGCUGGAUCGAACAAGGAUGAUUCAGCGAUACAAUACGGCACGGAAACGACUGUUCAUGUUUGAUUACGAUGGCACAUUGACGCCGAUCGUCAAGGACCCCAAUGCUGCGAUUCCGGCCGAUCGCGUGUUGCGCACUCUGAAAGCGCUAGCGGCCGAUCCACGAAAUAAUGUGUGGAUCAUCUCAGGCCGCGACGCAGCAUUCUUAGAAGAGUGGAUGGGACAUAUCUCGGAGCUGGGAUUGUCUGCUGAGCAUGGUUGCUUCCUUCGACGUCCUGGGGCCGACACGUGGGAGAAUCUCGCCGAAAGCAUGGACAUGGGCUGGCAAAAGGAUGUCAUGGACGUGUUUUCCUAUUACACCGAACGCACGCAGGGUUCCUGGAUCGAAAGGAAGAGGGUGGCCCUCACGUGGCAUUAUCGACAGGCCGAUCCCGACUUUGGUGAAUUCCAAGCUCGUGAAUGUCGCAAGGCCCUUGAGGAGAAUGUCGUGAAAAAAUGGGACGUUGAAGUCAUGUCAGGAAAGGCCAAUCUCGAAAUCCGACCACAGUUUGUCAACAAGGGAUUCAUUGCUACAAGAUUGAUCAACGAGUAUGGCUACGGAGGUGGCGAGGCACCCGAGUUUGUGCUAUGUCUGGGCGACGACCAAACUGAUGAAGACAUGUUUCGAGCCCUCCUCAAGACAGAUCUUCCCAAGGAGUCGAUAUUUGCAUGCACAGUCGGAGCAAGCAGCAAGAGAACCCUAGCGACAUGGCAUCUUCUCGAGCCGAGUGAUGUCAUCGCCAGCAUCGCAGCGUUGAACAAGCAAGAGAAUCUGUAGGCAGCCUUCCCAACCAGGGGGUGGGCUUUGUCGACACAACGUCUACCUACGUAAGAGCUUUGUGACGAAUUGCAUGAAUGACGACGAUUAGACAAGUCAGGAUCAAUUUGGAUGGACCGGGAUAAAUGGUUGGAUAGAAACAAAAGACAUAUCUUGACACGCAAAAGA